AUGUCCAAGACCAAGGAAAACCGCCCUGCUGAGGGCUUCCACCAGGAAUACAUUGCGUCGCUUCGAUACCGAAAUGAUCUUCCGCCACCAGAGAUGCCCCCAAAGUUCUUGGACAUCCCUCAUGAAGGACUGGAGCGGUUCUUAGCUCCUGGCUAUGCUUCGAAUAUGGCCAGGCGGGAGGAGCCAGGCAUUGACGUUGAUGCUGAGGGCGGUAUGCCAAUUGAUCUGGUCGGAAUACCAGGUCUUCACCUAGGCGAUGAAAGUGCCAUUUUGAUGCCAGAAAAUCCACCACCAGUCGAUCCUCGAGACCUGCCAUUUCUAGUCCCGCUUGACCAACUGAAGAACCCAGCCGUGAAGAAUGUAAACGUCAGUUUCCUUCGUCGUACUCAAUACAUUGCCAUCGAACAACGAGGUCCGGGUGGCUUCAAGCCCGCAGCCGGACGAGUCAAACCACGUGCUUCUGAAAAGACCAAGCUUGCCAAUGAUGAUCCCGUGUAUAUCAAGAAAUACCUCAUGAAAGGAUUCGACAUUGCUUAUCCGCAAAGCAAGCAUACUAGCGAGGACACUGCUGAGCGGAUCAAGGGACAUACGCCACAGAAGCCAGAGAUAGAUGCUUGGGCACACCCUGUUCAUCCAGACAACCCGAAACUCAAACCUCUUGGGUUCUUUCCAGUUAUGCCCGAUUUACAGGGAUACCCAGACCCAGGCGGAUUUGUUCAAUUCAAGUUUGAUAAACCUCCAUUGCUGGCAGCUGCAGGAAAACGCGACGAUAGGAUUGACGUUGGUCUGUUGUAUCCAUCUGCGCCACCUGAGCAUAUCCUUGAGGAGCACGACGCAAAAGCUAGACUGCACAAGAAUAACCCUAGACUUUACAAGGACCCAGGACCAAUCCCAUGGGACUACGACUUAUUUGUUCCGGAGAAGAAGGGUUCCGUCAACAAGAUCAAGAAGAAUCUUGACCUUUCCAAUAGCAACAGGGAUGAUGAGGACUUGUACACGCACGAUGAUGGAGACGGCAAAUUCCACCGAUACGAUAGACUACGAACCUAUUCCACCAAGGCUCAACAAUUAAACUCGGAGCAGAAACAACGCGAUAUUGCAUUGACACUAUUUGACCCUGCCAAGUCCUCGUCAGGUCAAGCUGAUGACGGCAUCAAGGCUGCGUACUAUUACCCAAUCCUCGGCAAGAUGCGUCUUGCGCCCGAGCGAGCUCGCAAGAUUGCAAAGGCUGGUCUUGCCCGUAGCCACGGCGAAUCUUCUGGCCGAGAAGACCAAGCCGAUCAGAUUCACGUCACUGUUCGUGAUCCCGAUGAAGCUGAAAUCUAUAAGCGAAGUUUGCAUCGGGGUAAUGUGGACCCUGAAUUCAAGAAGAACCUUCCCUCACCUCCGGCUCAGUUGGAAGAAGAGGAGGAGGAGAUUGAAGUCGGAAACACACAAAUUAGUGCCGAUGCCGAUGCAGAAGCUGAUGAAGAUGUUGCAGAGCAUGAUUCGAGACCUGGACGACGAGAUCAUUCGGAUGACGAAUCGGAUUGA